UAGUAUCUUUUUCUGGGUUGGCAACAUCUAACAACUCCAUUAGUUUAAGUAAAAUAUAUACUCUGGUUGCCAGUCUCUGUCUCUAGAGCCUGCUUCCACCGAUCUCUAUGAAAUCUUACUUAUUUCCAAUCCAAAUCACUUACCCUCAAACAUCAAAUCUUUCCUUAUUUCUGAAUCAUUUGAUGCUCACAAUCAGUUCCCAAGCUUAUAACAAUUGUUCUUUACAUCUAUUUUGGUGGUUUGAAAUUUGAACAUUGAAGAUUUUCAUGCAAUAGAAGUUUAAUUGCUGAUGCGAUUUGAGUUUUGGUUAAAUGGGUAUGUGGAGUUUGAUGUUUUAAAGUAGUAAUUUGUGAUUUGAAUGGUGAUGAAAUGGUAGUAGGAAUCUGGGUGGAGUUAGAUAGUGAUUUGAGAUUGGAAUGAAGAGCUUUUUGAACUCUUUGGUUUUGAUAAUGUGCUCUUCUGUUGAGUAUUUUUGUGCCUUUUUUAGAUCAUGAAAAUUUUGAGUAGGAACACAUCUUCUAGUAAGAGUACUUCUAAUGGGAAGAAUGCUGCUCCCAUUCGUAGUCCAAGGGUUAUUCUCCAUAGAAACAUCUCGAAUGGACUUCGUCGAGAUAAUCUGGCAUCCAGGAAUCUGCUUAUUCUUAUCUACAUUGGACCCUUGAUUAUCUUUUGCUUAGGAAUAACUUGUGGGUAUCUCUAUAUUUUCCCUAAUCUUGAGCAAGCAUUUUAUCAAGAUGCGGCUUCCUCGAGAGUGUGUGAUUUCUUUGAUGGGAGUUGGGUAUUGGAUGAUAGGUAUCCUCUAUACAACUCUUCUGAGUGUCCUUUUACUGAACAAGGUUUCAAUUGCUUGGAUAAUGGGAGGAAGGAUAAAAAUUACCUUAAAUGGAGAUGGAAGCCUAAAAAUUGCGAUAUUCCGAUAUUCAAUGCUUCAAGGACAUUGAAAAGGCUUCAAGGUAAAAGGAUUGUGUUCGUAGGAGAUUCUAUGAGUAGGACACAAUGGGAGUCUCUUGUAUGCCUGCUUAUGACCGGAGUGGAAGACAAGAGAAGUGUUUAUGAAGUUAAGGGACGGAACAUUACGAAAACCACAAGACACUUGGCUGUUCGCUUUCGUUCCUUGAACUUAUCCGUGGAGUUCUACCGCUCAGUGUUCCUGGUCCAACCAGGUAUGGUACCGAAGCAUUCGCCAAAGAGAGUCAAGUCAACGCUCAAGCUAGACGUAUUGGAUGAUAUUAGUAAGGAAUGGGUUGAUUCUGAUGCUUUAAUAUUUAAUUCAGGACAUUGGUGGAUACCAUCGAAAUUAUAUGAAGCGGGUUGCUAUUUUCAGUUAGGUGGUUCACUGAAGCUUGGGGAAUCAAUUACUUCUGCCUACAAAAAAGCUAUGUCCACCUGGGCUUCUUGGGUGGAAGCUUUAGUGAAUUCAAAUAAAACGCAUGUUUUCUUCCGUACUUUUGAACCAUCUCACUGGAGUAAACAGUCCAGGACACAUUGCAAGGUGAUUCAAGUUCCAGAAUCAGAUGAUGAUAAUAUUCAACAGAGCCCAUUCUCAGAUAUUGUAACUGAUAUAGUAAAGAGGAUGAACAUUCCUGUCACUAUGUUGCAGAUCACUUCCAUGUCGGCUUCUAGGGGUGAUGCACAUGUUGGUAACUGGAGUGACCAUAAAUCUUUUACCGACUGUAGCCACUGGUGUCUGCCUGGAGUACCUGACUUUUGGAAUGAAAUUUUACUACAUUACCUUUUCUUGCACUAGGGCUGGUAUAACUUGAAGAAGUGACGACAAUUGUAUCGGUAUGAAAUUCAAGUUUUUUUCUUCUGUUGUGCGAUUUGUGUGCAUGAUGAGUAGCAUUGAGUUUAAGAGAUUCGUCAAUGUAUUCUUUCGUCCACAUUGAAUCAUCUGUUGUAUGUAGAGAAUUGUGAAAAUUAUUUGUUCAUCUGCAAAGAAUGUGAAAGUUCCAAAAUUAUUUGAUUUUUGCUCUUCAGAAUACAUUUCUGCACUAAAAAAAUGCUUGCAUUGAUCAACAUUUUUGAAGGUCAAGGAAACGAGAAAAUGAAAUUCAAUAUUUCUGAAUGUUUGAGAUACAAAUUUAAAACAAUUGUAUGUCUAGUAAAUGUGUUAAAGUGAAAGGCUUAAGGAUGUGUUUUGAUGAAGAACAAGUCAAGAACACAAGAAAAACCGAGCAACAAUAGUUAAGAACAAGAAGUAAAAUUAACCGCAUUCCUUUAGUCCUCUCUUUUCAAAGAGUACGUGUAUGGAUUGUUUGUUACCUUUCUUUAUCCAAAUGUUGUUUUCGAGCGGAAGGGAUAAUGAUGAUUUUGUUUCAUAAUUUACUGUAAAAAAUAUUAUUUAUUUAAUUAAUCAUAACUCUAAGAACGUUUGUUAGAUGUUGCCUGAAACUUUUAGUAACUAAUUUUAAACAGGAAAAGAAAUAUAAUUCUCCAACAUUUGACAAUUACUGUCCAAUGUUUUAGCAAAAUAUUUGACUAAGAAUAGUUUACAAUAGAUUAUACAUGCCAAAAUUGGAAAUUUGACAUUUCAAAAAUCUUAGCAAUACCUUUUACCAACUAAUUUUCACACUUAAACCCUAUUUAUUAGGGAUGCAGGCGGGGUGGGUCUAAUAGGAGACCCGCCCCAUUGAGGCGGGGAUGGGUCCCGGUUUGAUAGGUCAUGGGGUGGGUACGGGCAUA